CGGGCACGCGCUUCCUUUCCUUCCUUGCUCUGCGAAGAAGAUAAGCACAGGUCCGUGCUCUCCCCAGUCGUCGCGCCUCGCUUCGCUGGCUCCGGUCGCCUCACACGACUCCGCCCGCGCUUUCCCGGCCUCCUCCUCCUCGCACCAAUCCGGCGACCCGCCGCCAGAUCGGCCGCCUCCUGCACCACGCAGCGCCCCUCGCAAUGCCGGGCCUCGCCGCCGCCGAGCUGGACGCCGUCUCGCUGGUGCGCCGCGUCGCCCGCGCCCUCAACCGCCGGAUCUCCGACCUCGUCGCCCUGCUCUUCCGCCACAAGAGCGCGGGGUCCUUCGGCGCCGUCGCGGGCUUCGCCAUCGCCGUCGUGUUCGCGUGGAAGUUCCUGCGCUCCUCCUCGCCCGCGCGGCCCCGCCGGCCCGCCGCCCCCAAGCGGCCCCUGCCCGGUUCCGCCGCGCCUGCCACCGACGCGACCGAGCCCGUCGGUGACUCUGGGAAGCUCUCAACGCGGCAGAUCGUGGCGAGGCGGCUUAGCGGGUGCAGAAGGGUCACUUGCCAACUAAUUGGUGUUGUUUUUGAGGAGAAAUCUCCUGAGGAGCUUCAGAAACAUGCCACUGUUAGGCCCUCAGUGGUGGAACUACUACUGGAGAUAUCCAAAUACUGUGAUUUUUAUUUGAUGGAAACUGUACUUGAUGACAAGAGUGAGGAGAAUGCUCUUGCGGCCCUGGAGAGUGCUGGACUGUUCAAGACUGGUGGUUUGAACAAAGAAAAGGUACUCUUUUGCAGCAGCGAAGUUGGACGAACUUCAUUUGUUCGACAGUUGGAGUCAGAUUUCCACAUUGACACAAGCCUCGAGAUAAUCUCCCAACUAUCUCGGUUCAUUCGAUGCCAGCUAUUCGUAUCCUCCGUGGAAGGAGGGCAGCUCUCUGCCAAUGUAUUUAAUUCUCUGAGCCUUGAGCAGUUCUUCUCAUGAAAACGGCAGCACAACUUAAAGGUGUUAUGCUCGCGCUAAAUGUGUGUAUGCUGAUAGCGCUUGAAGCCCUGAGAUCCACUUCAAUGAUACUAGCUUGGCAGGAUAUACGAUGAAGAAUGCAUCUGUUCCUGAUCAUGCUGCUGCAGCCGGUGUCCGAUUUCAGUUGAUCUCAUCGGUGAGCUGUGGAGGUAAUUAGGACGAUAUAAUUUAGAUGCCUGUAGUUCAUGGUCAGGCACCGGUAUGUUGUAAAUUGACCCCUUGUCUUUUAUAUAUAUAAAGAACUUGUUCA